AUGUCUUCCACGUUCACCAAUGAUGCCAAAACGGAGGCCCAUAAGCCCCUAUAUUAUCCGCAGCUACAACUGAAUCUAAAAAAUGUCUCCUAUCAUUUUAACCCUGAUGUAUCUCGUUACCAUUAUGGCCCAUACCAUCCAAUGAAACCUUUCCGCUUGAUGCUUACAGACCAUUUGGUGGUACUGUACAAGCUCCACGAAAAGAUGGAUCUAUAUUCUCCCAGAAGAGCCACUAAGGAGGAACUUUUAGAGUUUCACUCGCAAGACUACAUGGAUUUCUUGCAAUCAGUGACACCUGAACUUGCAUCGAAAUUGGGCGAAGACAAAUUGGCUCAGUUCAACAUUGGUGACGACUGCCCCAUCUUUGACGGCAUGUACGACUACUCUAGCAUUUACGCCGGCGCUUCCUUGGACGCCUCCAGAAAACUAAUAAGUGGCAUGAGCGAUAUAGCCAUUAACUGGUCGGGCGGGCUCCACCAUGCGAAAAAAUUCGAACCCAGUGGGUUCUGCUACGUGAACGACAUUGUUCUUGCAAUUCUUAAUUUGCUUCGUGUACACCCACGAGUCAUGUACAUUGACAUCGAUUUGCAUCACGGAGAUGGUGUACAAGAGGCAUUUUAUACUACAGAUCGUGUAAUGACCGUCUCGUUCCACAAGUUCAACGGGGAGUUUUUUCCCGGUACUGGCUCGAUAGAUGAGACUGGAAUCGGUUCAGGCAAGAAUUUUGCGGUCAAUGUACCCUUGAAAGACGGGAUAGAUGACGAUUCGUACACAUAUCUAUUCAAGCUGGUUAUGGAACCGCUUAUAACAAAAUUCCAGCCUACGUGUAUUGUACAACAGUGUGGUGCAGACUCGUUGGGUUAUGAUAGAUUGGGCUGUUUCAACCUAAAUAUCCGAGCCCACGGUGAAUGUGUUAAGUUUGUGAAAUCCUUUGGGAUUCCAAUGCUAGUAUUGGGUGGGGGUGGAUAUACACCGCGGAAUGUUUCUCGAUUAUGGUGCUAUGAGACUUCGGUUUUGAAUGAUGUGACCUUAGAAUCUAAGCUUCCUCAGGAUAUUCCCUCCUACGACUGGUUUGGUCCAGACUACUCACUUCACCCGCAAUUGGAGGGACGUCUAGAUAACAAAAACUCCAAAAAAUAUCUUGAAAGUGUGAAGCAAGAGAUUUUGGAGCAGCUCAGAUUCAUUAACUAUGCUCCAUCUGUACAGAUGCAGCAAAUACCCCCCGAUAUUAGCGGGUUAACGGAAGAAGAAGAAGAACUUAUAAAGGAGCUAAAUGAGGAAAGCGACGAAAAGAGAUUGAUCCAGGAAGAAAAAGAUAAUGCUCGAAUUGGGGAAAUGUUGACCUCGUGA